GCGAACACGCGGUCGCGACGUCACUUUCCGACGCGACGCCGAGCCGCUUGGUCGUGUCGUCUGCUUCGUGUGAAGAUCGUGAUUCGUAUAAUCGCGAAAUCAAUCGAUUGCGAGGGACGAUCAUCGAUCCACCGAGUGCGGAUCACCUAACUAUGGAUUGGUUAACAAUCGCUCUGAUCGCACAAUCACUAAAUCAUCUGUAAUAAUCGUAAAUUUAAAAGAAAUCACAAGCGUCGGUCAGAUAAAAGUUUUAUCAUAACUAGAGUUAGUUCCGUGUUGAUUUUGAAGAUCAUUCUGACAUACUGCUCAACUAGUCGUCAUUGAUCUUUAAGACAUUUUUAUCUACAAUUUGUUUGAGUCAGUGUCAGAAGCAGAUCAUUAUAUGCACAAGUGCCAUCUCGCUUGAGUUAGAUUCCCGUAGUGUCAACAUUGCAAGGACAUAAUCUCAUUAAAAAGUAUGUGUUAAAAAUCUACAGUGAUCACAGGAUAUGGCAGCUAUGCAUUACAACGCGCAGAUGGUCUCAGAAGAUUUGCAUCAACAUCCGCGACACCUUUAUAAUCUUCAACAAAGACUUCAGGAUCCCGGGUCUUCGCCCAGAUCAGAGGACGCCAGAUCGCCGCUGGAUAGUCGAGUGAGAUCGCUCGAGGAAAUGCGUUUCGUGGGUGCCAGAUCACCAGACGUGGAAGAUAGAGUAAUCAGAUAUCACGAGGAUGUCGGAAGUAAACGUUUUUCCAAAGACCACGCGGGUCCUGUUUUUUUCCAGGACUCGGAGAACUCUUCCAGGAAAUGUUUUAGCGAUGAAAUAGCGACAAAUCGUUGUCGCGAGUCGGAAAGCUCUCCUGGAAGAACGUCUUCGCCGCAAAAUUAUAUUCUCAGCUCAUCCAAUCAGCACAACAGUUCCAUUGGUAAAACGUCCUUCUGCAUCGAUGCGCUUCUAGGUCGCGCCACGAAGCAAAAUGAAAUAGAACAGUCAUCGGCUGAUCGACAGAAAUCGUUCUCCAGAAAUCACGGUGUUCAAUCUGACGGUUUAAAUCUUGGUAGUAUUCAAGAACGGGAAUCCCCUAACGCCAUAAGAUGCUCUGGAGACCAAAGAACUGCCCUGAGGAAUUCUCUAAAUCCUUUCGUUCAGCAUCACGAAUCCGAUUCGCCCAGUCUGGAAUCUCGAGAGAGACACUCCUCCAAUCGCGAGACAAUUCUCGGUCUCCACUCUAACGAUUCCGGCGUGUCUGUCCAAAGGAGUCAAUUUAGGCCCGAAACGGGGACCAGCAACUACCGGAACGAUCGGCUCGAAAACGUCGAGGAUGACACGUCGGUCGACGUAGACCCGACGCGAACCGGAAGCGCCAGUCCAGGGAGUAACGCGAGUCGCAGUCCUGCUUCUAGUCCCCCAAUAUCUCCUGGCUCGGAAGAUCCUUCCAGUAAUGGAGUGCUGAGCCAUCAGAGCCUCGCGUCCGGGCCCUAUGGCGUGGGCGCGGCGGUGGUUAGGCAGAAUCAGGGCCUCCUACUGCAUCCCGCGGGACCACUUAUCCAUCCAGGAGGAUUAUACUAUCAUCCGGCCGGCGGCAGCGCCUUCCACUCGAUACACAAGGAGGGUCAACCGGUCGGCCAUCCACAAUCCGGAGGGCCUCAUCCUCAGCAGCAUCACAUCCAUCCACUCCAGCUCGAGUGGUUCGCUCGUACCGGCAUGUUGUAUCCGAGACUUCCCGCGGAUUUGGCCGGUUGCGCGGCACAGCAUGCAUUGUUGGGCAAAACCAGAAGGCCUAGGACCGCCUUUACAUCUCAGCAGCUUCUUGAAUUGGAGAAGCAAUUCCGACAAAAUAAGUACCUCAGUAGACCGAAGAGGUUCGAGGUCGCGACGUCGCUGAUGCUCACGGAAACGCAGGUAAAGAUCUGGUUUCAAAAUCGCCGAAUGAAGUGGAAGCGUAGUAAGAAGGCACAGCAGGAGGCUCGUGCAAGUGGAAAGGUGGAGGAAGCCGGAAGCGCGAGGAGCGCUGAGAGGGAUACUGGAAGUGACGUCAGCGUAAACGCACCCGGUACACCAGAGGAAUCUAGAGGAACACUUCAGGAAAGUCAGAGGACUGGAACGGAUCUUCAGGAACCUUUGUAUCGGCCUUAUGUGGUCUAAAACACCGUGAAGGCAUUUAAUUGGGGAACCGUUUUUAUAAAUUUCUGUUUAUUAUUAAGGCUCCUGUUUAUUUAUUGCAGCCAUCUUGGAUUGAUAACGUUAGAAGCGAGGAAAAUUCUUGAAAAUUCUUGCAGCGUAUAUUAAAAUAAAAUUUUAAAAAUUUAAUAAAGUAUUAGUUUAAACAUAAAAACUUCCCAGCAAAUACCAAGUUACAGUUAUAUAAAUGUUAGUUGUAAUUUCUCAUUCAGUAAUGUAACUAUUAUAACAAGUGUCUUAUAUAACAAUUACAUUAUUUAAGGAGAAAUUGAAACUAA